CCCCAAGAUCUGCAUAUGUAUGUUCAAUUUUAUAGAUAGAUUUGGCAGAAAGAAAAAAUUAAAAGAAACUGAUAGAGAAAGCCCCACAAAACACACACACCUCAAACCUUUUUCUUCAUCAUCACUCAAAGUCUUCAAACUCAAACUCCAACUAUAGCCUCUCUAUACAUUUUCAGUCCCAAACUGAAAGUCUUUUUAAUUAUUUGGCCAAAUCUUCUUUACUCACUUGUAGUAAUACUAUUCCUCCCACAUCAUGAGUCCAGAAAGAAAUCCCCUUGACCUCAACAACUUACCUGAAGAUUCUUGUAGAGAUGGUAAACAAGUUCUUGAAGGUAGCUCUUCAUCUUCUGGAGGGUAUAGAAAAAAGAAAAGUGGCAGUAAAGAUGGAAAAGAAGAUUGUGGUAAAGUCUAUGAAUGUAGGUUUUGUUCCCUUAAGUUCUGCAAAUCUCAAGCACUUGGGGGACACAUGAACCGCCAUCGCCAAGAGAGGGAGACAGAAACACUAAAUCGAGCUCGUCAACUUGUCUUCAACAAUGAUAACCUAAUUCCUCCUCAUCACCUAAGUUGCCAGACAAUUCCUCAUGGAGGUUAUCACCAAUCAACAAACAUAGGUGAUCCAACAUUGUCAUAUCGACCACCACCACCAUCGCUUUAUCCAACAACAAGGUUAUUUUCAGGCAACUCCACCACCAACACUCUUUUGCCACCACCACCAUCACAACCACCAUACAUGUACGCGUCUCCACCACGUAUGGUUUCAUUCUCAUCUCAUCAUCAAUAUCCAUCCCAAACAAAUGACUACUACCUUGGCCACGUACUAUCAGGAUCCAACACACACUCGACAAGUACUACUAUGAAUAACUUCAUGGGAUCAUCCGCUUUAGCGUCUGAUCAUGGUAACAACAACAACAACAAUAAUUACACUUGCAUUGGUGCACCAAUAGGACAUGGACUUGGACUUGGCAAUAAUGGAAGUGGCUCUACUGGGAAACAUCAACAUUUGGAUCGAUUUCAAGAUGGAUUUUAGUGUAGUUUUUUUCAUAUUAUUUUGCUUUAUUUCCCUAUGCUAUGUUUAACUUCUUUUCUUUUCUCUAGUCUUAAUGGUCUUUUUAAUGUAGAAUUAUAAUUAAAGUUUUGUACACUGUCAGUUUAAAAAGAUUAAUUUUACAUUAUGAUUAGUGUAUAAUUAAAUGUUUAUAUAGCAGCCUAUCCCUC